AUGGGGACGGAGCCCAGAAGCCCAGAUUCGAGUGAAUCAGAAGCUUCGGAGGACCAGGAGCUGGUGGUGAACAUCGGCGGCGCCCGCCACCUACUCUACGGGUACGUGGUGAACCGUUACCCGGAGAGCCGGUUGGCAGAACUCCUCCGCUGCAACGGGUACGAAGCCAUCUCCUCCCUCUGCGACGACUACGACCCAAGUAAGAGAGAGUUUUACUUCGACCGAGACCCGGACUCCUUCAAGUGUGUGAUGGAAGUGUACUAUUUCGGAGAAAUCCACAUAAAGAAAGGGAUUUGCCCCAUUUGCUUCAAAAAUGAGCUGGACUUCUGGAAGAUCGACGUGGACUUGUUGGAUGAGUGUUGCAAAUGCCUGCUGGGCGAGAAGAACGACGAGCUGGAGGAAAUCGCCAAGCAAGUGCAGCUCAUCCUGGCCGACAGGGGAGAAUCGGCGGAUACCUGUUGGGGCAAAGCUCAGAAAUUCCUCUGGAAACUGAUGGAAAAGCCCGAUUCGUCCUGUCCGGCCAGAGUGAUUGCCGUCUUGUCUUUCCUGUUUAUUCUGAUCUCCUCCGUGGUGAUGUGCGUGAGCACCAUUCCCGAGCUCCAAGUGAUGGACGAGGAGGGGAGCCCGGUGGAGCACCCAGCCCUGGACUCCAUCGAGACGGCGUGCAUCGGCUGGUUCACAGCCGAGUACAUCCUCCGGCUGCUCUCGGCGCCCAACAAGCUGAAAUUUGCACUUGCUUUCAUGAACAUUAUAGACGUGCUGGCCAUUCUGCCUUUCUACGUAAGCCUUAUCCUUACCACAGUCGGGGCAACCCUGAUGGAGCUGACGAAUGUGCAGCAAGCCAUCCAGGCUCUCCGGAUCAUGCGGAUAGCGCGAAUUUUUAAACUGGCGCGACACUCCAGCGGUCUGCAGACCCUCACCUACGCGCUGAAGAGAAGCUUUAAGGAACUGGGCCUAUUGCUCAUGUAUUUGGCAAUUGGCAUUUUCGUGUUUUCGGCUUUAGGCUUCACCAUGGAACAAAGCCACCCCGAAACGCUCUUCAAAAGCAUACCGCAGUCCUUCUGGUGGGCUAUCAUCACAAUGACCACCGUUGGAUACGGGGAUAUUUACCCAAAGACAACUCUGGGGAAGCUCAACGCGGCCAUUAGCUUUCUCUGCGGCAUCAUAGCGAUUGCCUUGCCUAUCCAUCCCAUAAUUAAUAACUUUGUCAGGUACUAUAACAAACAGAAAGUGUUAGAAACAGCUGCAAAACACGAACUUGAACUAAUGGAUCUGAAUGCUAAGGCCAGACAGUCCGAGGAUUCCCGGCAUCACCAUGUGGAUAUUGUGAUCACCAAAACGAGUAACCUCUCGCUCAGUAAGAGUAUUAUGAACACUUACAACGACACUUUCAUUCCACUUUUAUCAGAAGAAAAACUGCAUCGAAACAGACUUCAGAGCUGCAAAUAA